AUGGAGGUUACACAAGUGCUUUCAUGGACUGUGGCGGGUUUGGCUGUGAUAGCCAUCGUAGCUCACAAAUGGAAGUAUAGAACUUUGAGGGCGAUUCCCGGUACGAAGCCGGACUACCCCUUCCUGGGAAAUAUUCCUUUGUUUUUGAAAGGAGGCAGCGCUUAUAUGAAGAUUUUCCGCAACGAGAAUCGCAUGUCGAAAAUAUGGCUAGGCCCAGUCCCACUCAUCCAUGCACAGCAUCCGGAGUUGGUGCAGACGGUGCUCAACGAGUGCCUCGAUAAACCGUUCGCAUACGAUUUCAUGGAGCUUAGUCCGGGACUAAUCGCGGAAAGAUAUAGCAAUAGAUGGCGCGAGCACCGGAAAACGUUGAGUCCCCUUUUCAACACGAAAAUUUUGAACAGCUUCGUACCGAUUUUCGAACGAGCAACCAAAGACGUGAUGAAGCGUUUGGAUGUGGUUUCCGAUGGAAGGGAUUUCGAUUUGCUCGAGUACACCAGCACCUGCAGCGCGAAGAUGGUUCAUGGUACGAUGGUGGAUACAAUAAGCGUAUCGGAGGAAAUCAUAAGAACGUUGAUUACGAAUUUGGAGAUCAUAUUGGAUGCCGUGGGCAAACGGAUCCUCAACGGUUUGUACGCUUUGAAAACGCUGUACAAGAUGAGUUCAGUCUACCGAAAUGAAUGGCGCUCCCGAAAGAUAUGCUACGAAACGGUGAAUGAUGGCAUCAUGAAAAUGCGCAUGAAUAUCAUCCACGAGCAGAGUGCACCCACCGUUGCAACCGACAUCGACACCGCGAACCCAUCAAAGUCGAAAGCUUUUCUCGAACGACUGCUCACCAUUCAGCACAAGGGUCGCAGCCUCACCGAUGAUGAAAUUAUCAAUCAUGCUUACACUAUGUUGGUCGCUGGCUACGAAACGACUGCUUUGCAGUUGGCGAAUGUGUGUAUGAUGCUGGCGAUGCACCCCGACAUUCAGGAAAGACUCGCUACGGACAUCAAAAGAGUAUUUCCGUCGCUGGGCAUGGAAAUUUCACCGGAAGCACUCAAAGAUCUUUCAUACAUGGACAUGACAAUUAAUGAAACGAUGCGACUCUACCCGGUUGUGCCGUUAAUUGCACGACAAAGCAACAGCUCGCUGGAGCUAGACGGGGUUCACAUUCCCAAGGGAACGAACUUUGUCAUUAAUAUCGGGUCACUACACCGACGGAAGGACGUGUGGGGCUCGAAUCCGCUCGAGUUCAAUCCUGACAACUUUCUGCCGGAGCGAGUCGAAAGCCGGCAUCCGUACGCAUUCAUUCCAUUGAGCGCCGGACCCAGAAUCUGUAUCGGCAACCGGUAUGCAAUGCUAUCUCUCAAGGUAUUCCUAAUCCGGUUAUUACAGCGGUAUCGAUUGAGCACCAAAUUGACUCGAAAGGAUUUAAAGUUCAAAUUUCAAGUGACGUUGAAGCUCAAGAUGCCGUACACAGUGCAGAUGGAAAAGCGAAACCUCUAUCAUGAAGAUUCAGUGCAGAACGGUGCGGAGUGGUGACUUACGACUCGAGACUGUUUCGUGAAUUGAAAUUUGCAGAAUCGAAUUUAGUGAAUAAUUUAAUUAUAACGAUGCUUGAUA